UCGGCGCGAUCCGUCUAAUGCAUGUGAGAUAAAAAAAGAAAUGUGAUAAAAAAUAAGCUCCAGAUAAAGAAAAUGUUAUACACGAAAUAUGUGCAAGGGACCUAUAUAUAAAUUCCGUCGUGCAUAGCUCUGUUAAAACGAAUUUGACGUUUGAAGUAAAAACAAGUUUAACGAGGUGUUCGAGUCGUACAGAGUACCAAAGUUAUGGCAUUCAAAGUAUUUUUGAUACUUGUAAUAGUCGGUUUGAUCGCACCGACAAUUUCAGUUCCGCAGGUGAAAAAUGAAACACCCGUAAUUAAUCCUUGGAUCGAACUAUCUCUUCUUCGAAGGGGUUACACACAUUCGUUGGCAUGCCGACCGGGCGAGAUACGCCCUCGCUUUACUACAAAGACACAUCACUGCAAAUACUGUUUCUGUCUAGAGCAAGGCCGUACCAUUUUUUGCCCCGGGGAAUUGUGUACAUAUACACGUAAUAUACAUGACGUAGCGACCAAAUCUCUGCAACCUUUACUCUUACAAAUAUAAAUGUAACUGCACCAGAGCAUAUUCGCCCACGUAUUUAAUUGCGUGUUAUGUAAACAUGUUAUGGGGUAUGAAACGAUUA